AAGUGUGCAGCGCGCUGACUGGUCGCCGCACCCGGUUGUGCCCGCCGGUACUUCCUGUCAUGCUUUCCCAGGCGCGGUUGCAUCAUUGCGGGACGGGCGGCGCUGAGAAUGGUUCGACAAGUUCCAGAAAACAUAACUUUUCCAAAUGAGGAAGAGAAGAUAUUGGAGCUCUGGAAAAAUCUCAAUUGUUUCCAGGAAUGCCUAAGGCAAUCAAAGAAUAGACCUAGGUUUAACUUCUAUGAUGGCCCUCCAUUUGCUACUGGGCUUCCACACUAUGGCCAUAUUCUUGCAGGAACCAUUAAAGACAUAGUAACCAGAUUUGCUCAUCAGAGUGGUUUUUAUGUUGACAGAAGAUUUGGCUGGGAUUGCCAUGGCUUACCUGUGGAAUAUGAGAUUGACAAGACUUUAGGCAUUAAAGGGCCAGAGGAUGUGGCAAAGAUGGGGAUUAAAGAAUACAACAACCAGUGCAGAGGAAUUGUGAUGAGAUACUCAAAGGAAUGGGAAUUCAGUGUUACCAGAUUAGGACGCUGGAUUGAUUUUGAAAAUGACUAUAAAACUCUUUAUCCUGGGUUCAUGGAGUCUGUAUGGUGGGUUUUCAAGCAGCUGUAUGACAAAGGACUGGUGUAUAGAGGUGUUAAGGUCAUGCCUUUUUCAACUGCAUGCAACACGCCACUGUCAAACUUUGAGUCCCAUCAGAAUUAUAAGGAUGUUCAAGAUCCGUCGGUGAUUGUGAGCUUCCCACUGGAUGAAGACACAAGUGUGUCUCUUGUUGCUUGGACCACUACUCCUUGGACCUUGCCUAGUAAUUUGGCCCUUUGCGUUAAUCCAGAAUUGCAAUAUGUAAAAUUGAGAGAUAAUGCCACAGAAAAGAUUUACAUUUUGAUGGAAUCCAGGCUGAUAGCACUGUACAAAUCUGACAGUGAAUAUGAGAUACUUGACAGGUUUCCUGGCAUUGCUCUUAAAGGCAAGAAAUAUAAACCACUCUUUGAAUAUUUUAUUCAGUGCAAAGAUAAAGGUGCAUUUGCUGUGGUAGUAGACAGUUACGUGAAGGAGGAGGAAGGCACAGGUGUUGUACAUCAGGCCCCCUAUUUCGGUGCUGAUGAUUACAGAGUCUGCAUGGAUUUCAAUAUUAUUCAGAAAGAUUCUGUGCCCGUUUGUCCGGUUGAUGCAUCAGGCUGCUUCACAGCAGAAGUGACUGACUUUGCUGGACAGUAUGUGAAGGAUGCAGAUAAGAACAUCAUUAAAUUACUGAAAGAGAAAGGCAGACUGGUUCGCAGCAGUAGUUUUAAGCACAGCUAUCCCUUCUGCUGGAGGUCAGAUACUCCGUUGAUAUACAAAGCUGUGCCAAGCUGGUUUGUGAGAGUGGAGCACAUGGUGGAGAAGCUACUGGAGAAUAAUGCCCAGUGCUACUGGGUUCCAGAUUUUGUGAGGGAGAAGCGUUUUGGGAACUGGCUUAAAGAUGCACGAGACUGGGCUAUAUCUAGAAACCGGUACUGGGGAACACCCAUCCCUUUGUGGGUCAGUGACGAUUUUGAAGAGGUAGUUUGUAUUGGUUCAGUGGCAGAGUUGGAAGAGCUGUCUGGAGUGAAAGUCACUGAUCUCCAUCGAGAAAGUAUUGAUCACCUAACUAUCCCUUCACACUGUGGCAAGGGCUUACUACACCGGAUCCCUGAAGUUUUUGAUUGCUGGUUUGAGAGUGGAAGCAUGCCCUAUGCACAAGUUCAUUAUCCAUUUGAAAACAAAAAAGAACUUGAGGAUGGUUUCCCUGCUGACUUCAUUGCUGAAGGCAUUGACCAAACUCGAGGAUGGUUCUACACUUUGCUGGUACUGUCUACUGCUCUUUUUGGAAGACCUCCUUUCAAGAAUGUAAUCGUGAAUGGCCUCGUUCUUGCCAGUGAUGGCCAAAAAAUGAGCAAAAGGAAGAAGAAUUAUCCUGAUCCAAUGAGUAUUGUAAAUAGUUAUGGAGCUGAUGCACUAAGGUUAUAUCUGAUCAAUUCGCCUGUGGUAAGAGCCGAAAAUCUGAGAUUUAAGGAGGAAGGAGUGAGGGAUAUACUGAAGGAUGUCUUCCUGCCCUGGUACAAUGCAUAUCGCUUUCUUGUUCAGAAUGUUCAGAUCCUGCAACAUAAGGAUGCGGGAACAGAAUUCCUUUACAAUGAGAACACAGUUAAGGAGAGCAAUAACAUCAUGGAUAAAUGGAUUCUUUCUUUCACCCAAUCACUCAUUCAGUUCUUCAAAGCUGAAAUGGCAGCUUACAGGCUGUACACUGUAGUCCCUCGAUUAGUGAAGUUUGUUGAUAUUCUGACCAACUGGUAUGUUAGAAUGAAUCGCAGAAGACUAAAGGGUGAGAAUGGGACUGAAGACUGCAUUAUGGCCUUGGAAACCUUGUUUAGUGUUUUGUUCUCCAUGUGCAGACUUAUGGCACCAUAUACUCCAUUUAUCACUGAGCUGAUGUACCAGAAUCUGAAGACACUUAUUGAUCCAGCCUCAGUUCAGGAGAAGAAUACUGAAAGCAUCCACUACCUCAUGCUUCCCCAAGUGAGGGAGGAUCUCAUCGACAAAAAAAUUGAAAGUGCCAUUUCUUGUUUGCAGUCUGUUAUUGAGCUUGGACGAGUAAUCAGAGACAGAAAAACCAUUCCAGUAAAGUAUCCUUUGAAGGAAGUAGUUGUUAUCCAUCAGGAUCCAGAGGCUCUGGAAAAUGUCAGAUCUUUAGAGAAGUACAUACUUGAGGAGCUUAAUGUACGUCAAGUGACAUUAUCUACUAAUAAAGAUAAAUACGGAGUCCGGCUGAGAGCAGAACCUGAUCACAUGGUGCUUGGGAAGCGUUUGAAAGGUGCAUUUAAGCCUGUCAUGUCUGCAAUCAAAGAGCUGAAGAGUGAGCAGCUGGAGGAAUUCCAGGAGACAGGCACCAUUGUUGUAGAAGGACAUGAACUCCACGGGGAAGAUCUUCGUCUCAUGUAUACCUUUGAUCAGAUUGCAGGAGGAUCUGCCCAGUUUGAGGCACAUUCUGAUGCUCAGGUUUUAGUUCUGCUAGAUGUUACCCCAGACCAGUCCAUGGUGGAUGAAGGAGUUGCCCGGGAAGUGAUUAAUCGCAUCCAGAAGCUUCGCAAAAAGUGCAAUCUGGUUCCUACAGAUGAGAUUACUGUGUACUACAGAUCACAUCUAGAAGGUGACUACCUGGAUACUGUUAUUAAGGAACAUACGGAUUUCAUUUUUGCUACAAUAAAGGCUGCCCUGAAACCUUACCCGGUCCCUACCUCAAAAGAAGUUCUUAUCCAGGAAACAACCCAACUGAAGGGAUCGGAGCUAGAAAUUACACUCGUCCGAGGUGGUUUGUGUCAGUGUGUUGGUCCAGCCUGUGCCUACGUCAACCUCAAAGUUUGUGUUAAUGGGACAGAGCAAGAUGGUGUGUUGCUGCUGGAAAAUCCAAAAGGAGAUAAUACCUUGACCUUCACUGGACUUGUAGAUGCUGUCUCCUGCAUUUUUGGUCUUAAAAAUUUAAAACUGAUGGUUUUUAAUGGAAAAACAGAACUGAUAAACAAAACUGACUUACUUAGUCUCAGCGGAAAGACUCUACAUGUGACAACAGGGUCACCACCUGCUCUGAUCAACUCUCCCAAUGCUCUGCUCUGCCAGUACAUCAACUUGCAGUUAGUGAAUGCAAAACCGCAAGAAUGUCAGAGAGGAAUGGUGGGAACUCUUCUCAUGGAAAACCCUGUUGGUCAGAAUGGAUUAACGUACCACGGUCUUCUACAUGAAACAGCAAAAGUUUUUGGGCUCAGAAGCAGGAGGCUAAAAUUGUUCCUGGAUGAAGCGCAAACUCAGGAGAUCACAAAGGACAUAUCCAUGAAGAACCUGAACAUGAAGACUGUGUAUGUUCACGUUAUACCUACCACAGCUGAAUGUUGAGAAUUCCAUUUUUAUGAAUAAGACCAUGUAGACUUUUUCGCCUCCCAAAAUGAAGUCAAAUUAAAGUUGUAUGCUUUUAGAUGAA